UCCCUCUCCAUUUCUCUGUCAAACCAUCCCUAAACCAUGGUUGCCAACAUUGUGAGAUAUGAGUCGUGGGAAGACGACCAGGAACGCUACGACGUCUUCGUCGAUGACAACCGGAUCAUCACGAUAGUCACCCAUUCGCCGGGUUCCGUCAACUCUUGGAUAUCCGAAAUCGAGCGCAUCCACCACCGCCGACUCCACAAGCUCAUUGUUGGACUCGACAUCGAGUGGCGGCCACACAGCCGCUACAGCCAGAACCCAGCCGCCACGCUCCAAUUGUGCGUCGGCCGCCGCUGCCUCAUCUUCCAACUCAUCCACGCCCCGUACAUCCCCCAGUCCCUCGUGGACUUCCUCGGCAAUUCUAGUUACACCUUCGUCGGCGUCGGAAUCGACGGAGACGUCGGUAAGUUGAGCAGUGACUACGAUUUGGUGGUGGAGAGAACCUUUGACCUCCGCGACUGGGCGGUGGAUGACUACGAUAUUCCGGGGCUUCAAAACGCUGGGUUGAAGACUUUGUCCUCGGUGGUGCUCGGAAUAUCGGUUGAAAAGCCAAGGGAGAUUACGAUGAGUCGGUGGGACUAUCGGGAGCUUUCCCUUGAACAGGUUCGGUAUGCGUGCACCGAUGCCUUCCUUUCCUUUGAGAUUGGAAGGGUCUUGAAUUAGGGUUUUUGAGUCUUAGCAAAAAUGAAACAAGAAAAGAAAAAAAGAAUUAUUAGGGCUUUAGAGAAGUACAUCCAUCAAUAGUUGAAGGAAAUGGUUCUUGUGGGAUUGGUUGAUCGAUUGGUGGGUUUUGUGGGACAUUCAGGGUUUUUUCUGUUUUCCUUUUUCAUGUUUGGCUGCUCUUCCGGAUUCAAUGACUCGAUCUGUAUGGUGUCUCUGUUUUUGUUACUUCUGGACUGGCGAAUCGUCGACUCGUCAAUCUUUACGACGACACCGUUUAUCGUCCCAUCGUAUGGUAUCAUUAUCAAGAAGAAAUGUUUGUUGCAAUGCUUUUUCG